AGUAUCACUGCAGUUAACAGUAUAGUUUGCAACUGAUCACAGUAAUUCACAUGGAUCACAGUAUAUCUGCGGUAUAAUAUACGUGUAUACUAAAUACGAGUGACUAAAAGUAGAGCAGCCAUUUCCAAAAAAAACUGUAUGGUGGCCUUCACACAAAAAAAAUUAUAGUACAAUAACAGAGGUAACACCAUGUAUAUAUCUGCUCUUUAUCAUCCGUGCAUGUUUCACCUGAGUACACAAUAAGAUUUGUUCAACAGUAAUAUCACACAACUCGAUAAGGGUGUUUGUACAAAGACUUUAGCUGAUAUGUAAAAACAGCCAUACUGAAAUAAAACCGUUCCUUCGGAGACAUGCCGUCAACAGUGUUGACCAUGAGGUAAUUAGUUGCUAAUUAACAAAAAUAAAAUACAUUUUAAAUUUAGUUUGAGUGGACUCAUCGUAAUCGGGAAAUUGAAGCAAUAUCUCUGCGCAAGACAUAUAGACAUAUGGUGGGCUUGGUGGCUGUGCCACAACACACACCAGUAACCCACUUCUGUUCAUCAUGCAGGUUUUCCUUUCUGCUGUCACACGCGUGCUGCUGCCUGCGAUAGUGAUGUCAGCGAACGUCGUGAAGGAACCGCCAGAUCUGCGCACCGGGAUUGACGUGACUAGUUGGCGCAUAGGUGUCGACAGUCAUUCCGCCUGUCCAACCGCGCCACCACCUCAAAACUGGAUGCUCGAACAAGUAUCGAGAGCCCUGCUCUCAUCGACAACCAUCGCAGAGCCACCUAUAAAGGAACCACGGCCAUCGCCCGCGUUUUGUGGGCUUGGUGGCUGUGCCACAACACACACCAGUAACCCACUUCUGUUCAUCAUGCAGGUUUUCCUUUCUGCUGUCACACGCGUGCUGCUGCCUGCGAUAGUGAUGUCAGCGAACGUCGUGAAGGAACCGCCAGAUCUGCGCACCGGGAUUGACGUGACUAGUUGGCGCAUAGGUGUCGACAGUCAUUCCGCCUGUCCAACCGCGCCACCACCUCAAAACUGGAUGCUCGACCAAGUAUCGAGAGCCCUGCUGUCAUCGACAACCAUCGCAGAGCCAGCUAUAAAGGAACCACGGCCAUCGCCCGCGUUUUGUGGGCUUGGUGGCUGUGCCACAACACACACCAGUAACCCACUUCUGUUAAUCAUGCAGGUUAGUGAACCAGACUGCUUCUAUACUAAGAGAACUAGCAAUUACUUCUUGGUGCAGCUUCCGAGCCCGCAAUGCUGCUUUGAUAUUGCUUGUGAGUGUCUUAGUGUAAUUAGAUCUAUUUUGUUACAGUCGGGGGAUAUUGAAACGAACCCUGGUCCUGAUACUGAUGCUGUGCUUGCCGUACUGAAAAAACUGUCCGCUGGCCAAACCACAAUAAUAGCCGACAUGCAGGGCCUUAAAAGCCAAUGCACGGCUACAAGUGCUGCACUCGCCAACUUAAGCAAGAGGUUAGCGGAUCUAGAGGGCCAUUACCAGAAACUACUACCAAUGCAAAUCGAGAUACAGACUAUACGGGCGGAUACCGAGCAAACAGCAAGACUUGUUCACGCUCUGAAUGCCCGCGUUGACGAUGCAGAGAAUCGCUCAAGGCGAAACAAUCUUGUGCUUUACGGCCUUCCUGACACAGCAGCAUCAGAAACGUCGGCCGCGUCUGAAGAAAAAAAAUUUUUACGUCUAUGCUCAGACCACCUGAACGUGCCACUUGAACCUCAAGAUAUAGAGCGAGCGCAUCGUGUUGGUCGCUAUUCUGCUAAUCGCCCGCGUCCACUAAUUGUUAGGUUUAAUCAUUAUAAGAAAAAAGAAAUGGUGCUCUCAAAUGGGCGCAAACUUAAGGGCACUGACCUCAGCAUGGGUGAAGAUUUCUCCCCAGCGGUUAGGAACGCCCGCAAGCAACUUGUUUCCUUUGCGAAAGCCAAAUCUGUGCCAUUUUCUUUGCGCUUUAAAACUCUUCUAAUUGGUUCUAAGCGCUACGUGUUCGAUGACGCAUCGCAAACAGUGAAAGAAAUAUAGCAGUCAUCACAUCAUCAAAAAACAAGCCACCCCCCUCGAACGAAACCUAUAUCGCAUGUUUCCCUUUCAAUAAUUUAUACUAACAUACGAAGCUUCAUUCCAAAACGAGAACACGUGUCCAACCUCGUGCUGUCGUCCAACAGCAACGUUCUUGUACUCACGGAAACAUGGCUUUGCAACGACGUCUAUGACUCGGAAGUGUUGGCUGAUUUGCCAAACUUCAGCGUAUUUCGAAAAGAUCGAGCCGGGACUAGAGGAGGAGGUGUGCUUAUUGCCGUUAGUCAACAGUUGUCGUGCUCUGCUAUAAACAUCACAUCAGAAUUGGAAAUACUGUUUAUUCUAUGCCAUGCCGCCCCCCAGUCUGU